CGGCCGGCCGUCCGUCUAUUUGACAGCCGCAGGAUGGCUUGAUGCCAGAGGGGGGAAAAAGAUACAGAGAGAGGGGAGAGAAAGAAAAAUUAGUAUUCUCCUACUAGCCUCCCUAUAAAUCAAUCAUGGAGUCGUACGUGGUGAGCUGUAAAUACGCCGAGCCGCAGUUCCCGCCUUGUGAAGAAGAUUACAGUAAUUUUACUAGUGAUCAGGGGGGGUUUUACAGCAGCAGCAGCCAGCAGGACAGUGGCCCUUACGGCGGGGGCUACCAGCCCAUGCAGCCCCCUCCGCCGGCGUACGCACCACAACAAACCGGCUACCAACACUGUGUGCAGGGCCACCGCCGGGAGGAUGGAGAGGAGCCCGCGCAGCAGCACCCAGGGGCGCCCUACCCGCCGUACAGGCACGCCGGCGCGGCCGCCAAGGACCGGCUCCCCGGGGCUGACCUGCAGCAGGCCUGGAUGACCUGCACCAAGCCCGCACAGCUGCAGAGGAAAGCGGCCUGCCAGGGCAGAGACAAGCCGCCCAUCGUGGUGUACCCCUGGAUGAAGAAGGUGCACGUCGCGCACAUCAACCCGAACCACGCGGGCCCGGAGCCGAAGCGGCUCCGCACGGCCUACACGCGGCAGCAGGUGCUGGAGCUGGAGAAGGAGUUCCACUUCAGCCGCUACCUGACGCGCCGCCGCCGCGUCGAGGUGGCGCACACGCUCUGCCUGUCCGAGCGCCAGGUCAAGGUGUGGUUCCAGAACCGCCGCAUGCGCUGGAAGAAGGACAACAAGCUGCCCAACACGAAAGGGAGGAGCAAAAACAAGAAAGCGACGGACAGCAACAAUAACAGCAACGACGACAGCGGCGGCGGGGUGGUUGUUGUUGGCAGCGACCCCGUGAAGGCCAUGAUAACUGUCUGAGCGCAGCCAUGCAGCACCUUCACCCCCCAAAACUGACGUUGUUCAUUGAUCCAGGAUCACGUCCUGAAACAAUCCCAAACCGCUUUAAAUUUCCAUGCAUUAGAUCCACAGAGAAUUUUGUGAAUUCAUACAUGUAUUCCUUAUAUUUUCUUUAUCUCUGUUAAACAAGGCUGUAACCUAAAAUAGGUUGCAUUCCAUUUCCAGUUAUGUAUUUAAUUAAUCAAUGAAUGUCUUUGAGUUAUGGUAACCUUUUUUUACGGUUGCAGCCGGUCUGUCAUCUGCCUGGUAUACAAAAAGGAAAUUGUUUUAUAUCUAGACAUCCGAUCACUAUGGCGCAAAGCUUGCUGCCUAAAUAUCUGUUACAGUGUCAGGCUUUCUAAUGAAGGAUCGAUUGUGUCUUUUGGAGAAAACAGGGUUUUAUUUCUACAGGGUAAACACAAGGCAGUGUUUUAGAGUAUAGCUACCUAAAAGUGAACAUAGUCUAAUUUAUGAAUAUGCACAUUACCAAUAUAGUUCACAAAAUUGGCGCUUAAACGACGGAAACCAAUGGAAUAAACGUACCAAAAUCUAUUGAAGACUGGUUUGCAAAAUAGCGGUAUGAAAAAUGUUAAGCUUUUUUGUAGGAAAGUAGCCAUAUCAUGCUUUUUUUCUGUCUUUUUAAGGUUGUCCAAAUUUGGGGUGAUAGCCAGGCACGAGUGAAUAAUUAAAAACAGCCAAAUUGGAGGUACAGAUUUUUAUAACGCACAUCGUGGACUGUAAAUUCAGCUCAUUUUCUCAGGGUUACAGGGUUUUUUAGGAAAAUAAUGUUUGUUGACUUGCGUUUAAAACUAGCCUUCUCUGGUAAUGUUGCAAAAAAAUAUGUUUUCUCUUUGAUUCCAGUUUAAUAUGCUAUUAAAGCUUAUACACCAGUACUUAUAUUAUUUAGAAGCAUAUUUUAUUCUUUGUAGCGAUCACUUCCUCUGUUCCUUUUAUGUAUAUGUUCAUUUUUUUAAAAGGGAAAAAUCC